AACUGAGCUUAAACUCGGAAGCUUCGGUCCAACCUGGGAGUUAGGGUUUGUUUGAGUUGUUCAUGUAAUUGAAAACGCUUUAAAAGCCGUCAUUGACACAUUCCUCACUCUCAUCGCAGCUUCUUCGAUUCAGAGUCGAAUUGGAAAAUGGGCCGGAUAUGGGCCACGGCGGAGGAUUUGGGCCGCAACAGGGCCCGCGUGCUGUCUCUUUACCGGCAAAUACUGCGGGGUCUGAACUCGCCGGAGUUGCGGCUGGGCUUCGCGGCGAGGCUGGCGAAGAAGGCGGAGGCGCGUGCAAUGUUCUGGGUGGGCUCCGAUGAACGCUCGUUGCACAAUAUUGCGGAUCUCAUUGAUGCUGCAGAGUACUCUCUCUCCUUUCUCAGAAAAGGUCAACUCCCUCCUCGUCACAUCAACUAAUCAACAAUCUUCACAUGCUUAUUGUUUUUCAAUGUAUAUACAUUUUUUUUCUAGAGAAAAAAAAAACAUGAAGUGGAGUGUGUGUCUUAUAAGGAUAUUUAGUAAACAGUAAACAUUCUAUUAGAGUUAGUUACCUGCUAAAUGGAUUGUUAUGGUUAGUUACUUGUUGUGGCCACUAGUCAGUGCUCAAUGCUGAAUAUAAAUUAGAGCAUUGUGUAUAUUUUCUGCAUCUUUUCAAUCAUUCAGUAUGAUUUCUUGUGAGAUUGCAUCUAUGUU